AUGAAAAUGACAGAGUCUGAAUACAUGUUUGGUGGUAACUUCGAUAGCCACCAUUCCGGUGUGACCAUGGAGACAAUGAUACACCCUGUUUCUCCGACUAGUAACGUGAAAGCAUUGCAUGGCUCUUUCCUGAAUAAUCACAUCCACGAUAAUGCGCCAUUGAAAGAGAUUGAGAAUAUGCUAACCAUGGGUGUCAAUAAAGCUGAUUAUAUACCGAAUUCAAUGACCUCAACAGUUCAUACAAAUAUGCCGCAUUUACACACGUUGUUUGACAAUAGCCUGCGCAACCACGGCGUGUUUGACGCGGAAAAGAACUUCUCUUUGCUGAUGACGGGGCUACCCGUUACGUUACGUGAAGCACACUGCAUUUUCGCAUUUGCUCAAGGAGUUGACUCCAUCGAAGUCGUGCCCUCAAGUGAUGUUACCCUUGCGCUCAAGGCUAUGGAAGAGUACAGGAGUCUGCCUGAAAUUUGCAAAGUUAGCGUCGAGGUUAAAUUCCAAAAUCCUAGCUAUCUGAGCCAAUGUGCUUUCGAGCUGAUUAUCAAACUUGAAAGUAUAAAGGAACAGUUCGGUGGUACCAAGUUGUACCUGGGUGUUUAUGAACACCAAACUGAUAACUAUCUAUCGAUGAGCAAUCUAUUGGCUGGUACCAAUACAGAUGGCUCACUCCACGAUGAAAACAUCGGAAAGAAUAUGCAUUUCUCUUCUUCAGAUAGCCACAUUGACUCUAUGGUUCAAUCAUCACCCAUACAAUCUCUUGGGAAGUUGUCGAGACCUAAUCUGUUCCCAAGAAGAUCGAGGUUUUCCUUUGGUGACCCCUUCAACAGUGAAACUGUUCCCGAUACCUCGAUCAAUAUGGGUCUUGGAGGCGACACGUCACUGAACUCAUUACAUCAAAUGGAUGGAAUUAAUAGCAGGAAAUCCACUUCUAGAGAUACAGGAAAGGCUUUACUUCUAAUGGAGAAUGAUGAGAUCAAUGAAAAUAUUUGGGGAACUGAUACUCUACCUACAACAGUAGACGAUUUGCCAUUGACAUCCGGUGCUAACACCACCGAUACUGGUGUUUGGAAAGAUGAGGGAAACAAAGGUGUUAAUCACAACUUAUAUCUCUUGCCUGAAUCGAAAACGAGUAACAAAUACUCCACCAGAAAACCAGAUUUUGCCGAUGAAAAUACACACGUAUUUCAAAAUGGAUCUGCUUUACUCCCUGAAAUUCAUGGUGCUCAAAACGACCAACUAAAUGGAGGUGCUUCUAAUGCCAAUGGUUCAUUCGAUCACCAGACUUUCAGUAACAUUUCACAUCAGCCCUCCAAUAAUUACGUGAAUAAUCUUGGUCCUUCCGAUAUGGGUUCCAUAACCAGAGUGGAAAUGACUAAUAAUCGCAAUCAGGAUCCUUACAUCGGAACAAUGGCGUAUAGAGCUGACAAUUUCCAGGAUAACCUUGUUCAUAAUGAUAGCACGAUAUUUCAAAGCAACACUGAUCUGACCAAAAAUGUGAUGGUUGACAACAAAAUGGCAACUAAUGGGAACAAGCCAGGCUUGUCACCAUCCCAAUCCUUUUCAUCUGCGAAUGGCAUGGGGUAUAGCGAAAAAGGUAUGAGCCAAGCCGAUUUAUCACUUUUGGCAAAAGUGCCACCUCCAGCUAAUCCAGCGGAUCAAAACCCACCAUGUAAUACACUAUAUGUUGGAAAUUUACCUCCUGACACUUCAGAACAAGAGUUAAGACAAUUGUUUUCACCACAGCCCGGUUUUAGGAGGCUCUCAUUCAAAAAUAAGAACAACAAUGGUCACACACAUGGACAUGGUCCGAUGUGUUUUGUUGAAUUCGAGGAUGUGAGCUUUGCAACAAGGGCUUUGGCUGAGUUAUACGGAAGACAACUACCGCGGACUGGUGCAAACUCGAAAGGUGGUAUAAGAUUAAGUUUUUCUAAAAAUCCACUUGGUGUUAGGGGACCUAAUAAUCGCAAGAUGACUAGUAUUGGAAAGGCACCUAAUUCAUAUAAAGCUAACUACAUGAAAAAUUAA